AUGUCCCUGAGCUCCUGGAGGCAAUUCCAGCUUUUCGAGAAUAUUCCCAUAAGAGAUCCUAAUUUUGGAGGAGAUUCCCUAUUGUACUCGGACCCAACACUUUGCGCAGCUACAAUAGUAGAUCCUCAAACUCUGAUCAUAGCUGUAAAUUCAAAUAUUAUAAAAGUUGUCAAAUUAAAUCAAUCGCAAGUAAUACAUGAAUUUCAAUCUUUUCCUCAUGAUUUUCAAAUCACUUUCCUGAAAGUCAUCAACGGGGAAUUUCUCGUAGCGUUAGCUGAAUCCAUUGGCAAACCUUCCCUAAUAAGAGUAUAUAAACUAGAAAAACUGCCAAAUAGAGAACAACUAUACCAUUCACAAGUCGAACUGAAAAACGGUAAUAAUACAUACCCUAUUUCAGUUGUCUCCAUAUCAAAUGACCUUUCCUGUAUUGUGGUUGGAUUCAUUAAUGGGAAAAUCAUCCUUAUUAGAGGUGACAUUUCAAGAGAUAGAGGAUCUCAACAAAGGAUUAUAUAUGAAGAUCCAAGUAAAGAGCCAAUAACAGCUUUAUUCCUCAAUAACGACGCAACGGCUUGUUUUGCGGCUACAACUUCAAGAAUCCUUUUAUUUAAUACGACUGGUAGAAAUAGAGGGCGCCCAAGUUUGGUUUUAAAUUCAAAAAAUGGCCUGGAUCUAAAUUGUGGAUCUUUUAAUCCGGCAACAAACGAAUUUAUAUGUUGCUUAAGCAACUUUAUCGAAUUUUUCAGCUCUAGUGGAAAAAAGCAUCAAUUCGCAUUUGAUCUAUCGCUGAGAAAGAGGAUAUUUUGUGUAGAUAAAGAUCACAUUUUGAUUGUGACUGAGGAAACAGGUGUACCAACUACAUCCAUAAGUGUUAAUGAACUGUCGCCCACAAUAAUUAACCGAAUAUUCAUCAUUGAUGCUAAAAAUAAAAUCAUUUCUUUGAAUUUUGUUGUUUCUAGUGCAAUUAUUGAUAUUUUUUCAACCUCUCAGAGCGGUAAAAACAUCACUUAUCUGCUAACUUCUGAAGGAGUAAUGCAUAGGAUAACUCCAAAAUCUUUAGAAAAUCAAAUUAACAUCAUCAUCCAAAAGGAACUGUACCCUUUUGCUUUACAAUUAGCGAAACAGCAUUCAUUAUCACCGCUAGAUGUUCAGGAAAUUCAUAAAAAAUAUGGUGAUUAUCUCUUUAAAAAGGGACUCAGGAAGGAAGCAACAGACCAGUACAUACAAUGUCUGGACGUUGUGGAAACUAGUGAAAUCAUUUCAAAAUUUGGUGUCAAGGAGGUUCCUGACCCAGAGAGUAUGAGGAACUUGGCUGACUAUCUGUGGUCUUUGAUCAAGAAUUCUAUUUCUCAACGCGAUCAUGUUACCCUUUUGUUAAUUGUUUUAAUCAAAUUGAAGGAUGUUGAAGGAAUUGAUACUUUUAUCCAGCAUUUCGAUAGAAAAGGCAUUUGGAAUGAAGGUGUUGUGAUGGACGAUAUGGAUGAUGUGACGUUUUUUUAUUCAGAUAACGAUUUUUUUGAUUUAGAUUUAAUCUUAGAGCUUAUGAAAGAGUCAGAUUUUAAGCGUCUCUCAUACAGACUUGCAAAGAAGUAUUCAAAGGAUUCAUUAAUUAUUGUGGAUAUUUUAUUGAAUCUAUUGCAUAACCCUGUAAAAGCCAUAAAAUACAUAAAAAGUUUACCAAUUGAUGAAACCCUAAGAUGCCUUGUGACGUACUCGAAAAAAUUACUGGAGGAGUCACCGAAUGAAACUAAUGCUUUACUGAUAGAAGUAUUUACAGGGAAGUUCAAACCAUCCACUUUUGAAGUGGAUCUGGACCGGAGAGAUACGACGGGCGAUUUUUCUGAAAAUAUUAGAACAGUUUUUUACAGUUACAAAACAUUCUUCAACUACAUGAACUCAAAUGGUACAUCAGACGCAAUGAGCGAGUCUUCAGAGGCAUCCCACGAACAUGAAGAGCCUACUUAUCAUCCGCCGAAGCCAUCCAUUGUUUUCAGUUCAUUCGUUACAAAACCUUUUGAAUUUGUUGUUUUCUUAGAAGCCUGUUUGGCAUGUUACCAGCAGUAUGAGGGUUUUGACGAAGAUAGGCAAGUAAUUUUGACUACUUUAUAUGACUUAUAUUUGAAUUUGGCGCAAAAUGAUGUACCCGAGCGUAUAGACGACUGGCGUUCAAGAGCAACUGGCGUAUUGCGUGAGAGCAAUAAAUUGGUGUAUUCUGCCGCAAGUAAUAAUACUAGCAAAAGGGUGGAUAACUCAAUAAUGCUGUUAAUUUCCCAUAUGGAUCAAAGUAGUGCUUCAGCAAAAGAUAAGACGAAAAUUGACAUAGCUUCAUUUGCCAAUGAUAACCCCGAGAUGGAUUUGCUGAGUACAUUUAGGGCUAUGACGUUAAAUGAAGAACCAAGUACUUGUCUCAAAUUCCUAGAAAAAUAUGGCACAGAGGAACCCAAGCUCUUACAAGUAGCAUUGAGUUACUUUGUUUCUAAUAAACUAAUCUUCAAGGAGAUGGGCGGUAAUGAAGUACUGAAAGAAAAAGUAUUGAGGCCAAUUAUAGAGGGGGAAAGAAUGCCACUGUUGGAUAUAAUUAAAGCGCUAUCCCGUACAAAUGUAGCCCACUUUGGGCUGAUACAAGACAUCAUUAUUGAUCAUGUCAAAACCGAAGAUACAGAAAUCAAAAGGAACGAAAAACUAAUUGAAUCUUACGAUAAAGAGUUAAAGGAGAAAAACAAGAAGUUGAAGAACACCAUUAAUUCAGAUCAACCUCUCCACGUACCCCUGAAGAAUCAAACGUGUUUCAUGUGUAGACUGACAUUGGAUAUUCCUGUAGUUUUUUUUAAAUGUGGUCACAUUUACCACCAACAUUGUCUAAAUGAGGAAGAAGAUACUCUAGAAAGCGAGAGAAAGCUCUUUAAAUGUCCCAAAUGCUUGGUGGACUUAGAAACCUCCAACAAACUUUUUGAAGCUCAACACGAAGUAGUUGAAAAGAAUGAUCUUUUGAAUUUUGCAUUAAACAGUGAAGAAGGUAGUAGAGACCGUUUCAAAGUCAUAACAGAGUUUUUAGGUAGAGGUGCCAUCAGUUAUUCUGACAUCACUAUUUAA